AUGGCCAGCUCCAAGCCACCAUUGGGGGCCUGGCGGCUCUACCCCUGGGGCUCCCUUGGGGCUUUUUGGGCUGAUGCCCUUUUCUCCUGCCCUGACAGGUACUUCAGGUGGUGGUACCGCCGAACCCGGGUGGAGAAGAAGCAGCCCUUCAUUGACCUCUUCAACUCCCAGUCUCUCCACCAGAUCUAUGGCUGCCCCCUGGGGGGGUUUGGGGGAGGAAGCAUCACCCGCGGCUGGCGAGGCGACUUCUGCCGAUGGCAGUUGAACCCGGGGCUCUACCACUACAAGACCGUUGUUGCUGACCAGUUCACGGUCUGCCUGCGCCGGAAAGGCCAGACGGUGUACCAGCAGGUCCUCUCGGUGGAGCGUCCCAGCCGCCUGCCAGGGUGGAACUGGGGCUUCUGCGGCCACUACGCCUUCUACCAUGCCCUCUACCCGCGCGCAUGGACGGUCUACCAGCUGCCUGGGCAGGACGUGGUGCUGACUUGUCGGCAGAUUGCCCCCAUCAUCCCUCACGAUUAUCAGGACACCAGCCUGCCCGUGGGGGUCUUCGUCUGGGAGGUGGAGAACCUCAGCCACGAGCCCACCGAGGUCUCCCUCAUGUUCACCUUCCUGAACGGCACGGACACCAAGGCCGACCGGAGUGGGGGCCACUGGAAUGAGCCCUUCAGCCUGCAGAAGGAUGGGCACGGCGUCCGUGGAGUCCUGCUGCACCACUGCGUGCCAGUGAACCCCUACACUCUGGCCAUCUCUGCCCGGGAGAAGGCAGGCACGACAGUCACCCACCUCACAGCGUUCGAUCCAGCCGGCACAGGACGAGAGGUGUGGCAGGACCUCCUGGCAGAUGGGAGACUGGCAUCCCCUCCAGGGAAAAGCCCCCCUACAGCAAAGGGGCAGCUGUGUGCUGGCGCUGUCUGUGCCACCUGUACGGUGCCACCCCAUGGGCAUGGGACCCUGGAGUUCGGCCUGGCCUGGGAUAUGCCAUGCAUCCAUUUUGGAUCCAAAGAGAGGAUGCACCACAGGCGGUACACGCGCUUCUUUGGCCGGGAGGGAGACGCCUGCCCCGCCCUCUCUCACUACGCACUGACGCACUACAAGGAGUGGGAGGAGAGGAUUGAGGCCUGGCAGCAGCCCAUCCUGAGCGACAGAGAGCUGCCCCCUUGGUACAAGUCGGCCCUCUUCAACGAGCUGUAUUUCGUGGCAGACGGAGGGACCGUUUGGGUGGAGCUGCUGCCUGAGGACGUGGCCUCUCUGGGCCUCCCGGAAGGGGAGCUCUCCCAGCUGCUGCCAGUCCUGCAGGAGUAUGGGAGGUUUGCCUACCUGGAAGGUCAGGAGUAUCGCAUGUACAACACCUACGACGUCCACUUCUACGCCUCCUUCGCUCUCGCCAUGUUGUGGCCCAAGCUGGAGCUCAGCCUGCAGUACGACAUGGCCGCUGCGGUGCUGAGCGAAGACACCCACCCUCGGCUGUACCUGAUGAGCGGGCAGACAGCACCCGUGAAGCUCCGGAACGUGGUUCCCCACGACAUCGGGGAUCCGGAUGAUGAGCCCUGGAAGCGGGUCAACGCCUACCUGAUCCACGACACGGCCACCUGGAAGGACCUCAACGUGAAGUUUGUGCUGCAGGUGUAUCGUGACUUCUACCUCACGGAGGACUCUGCCUACCUGCGGGACAUGUGGCCUGUCUGCUUGGUAUAGCUUCAGUUUGACACCGACGGGGACGGGCUGAUUGAGAACUCUGGCUUUGCUGACCAAACCUACGACGCCUGGGUGGUGAGGGGCGCCAGUGCCUACUGCGGGGGCCUGUGGCUGGCAGCCGUCUGCAUGAUGUGCCGAAUGGCCGAGAUCUUGGGUGAGGGCGAAGCCCUGCAGAAAUAUGCCGCUAUCCUGGCCAAGGGCAAAGCAGCUUUUGAGAGGCUGCUCUGGAAUGGGAGAUACUACAACUACGACAGCAGCAGGAGCGCCUCCUCCAACAGCAUCAUGUCGGACCAGCUGGCUGGGCAGUGGUUCCUGCGUGCCUGUGGGCUCGGCGAAGGGGUGUUUCCCCAAAGCCACGUCCUGAGCGCUUUGAAGACCAUCUUUGAGAUGAACGUGCUGGGUUUCUCCAAGGGGACGAUGGGGGCGGUGAAUGGCAUGAGCCCCAGCGGGGUGCCGGACACCUCCAGCGUCCAGUCGGAUGAGGUCUGGGUGGGUGUGGUCUAUGCCCUGGCGGCCACCAUGAUCCAGGAGGGCCUCGUUCAGGAGGGCUUCCGCACGGCCGAAGGCUGCUACCGGAUGGUCUGGGAGCGCCUCGGCAUGGCCUUCCAGACCCCCGAGGCCUACUGCCAGCGCAGGAUCUAUCGCUCCCUGGCCUACAUGCGCCCUCUCAGCAUCUGGAGCAUGCAGCUGGCCCUGGAGCGCCGGGCAGCCCAGAAGACCCUCUCUGCCCCCACCACGCCGGCAGGCGGCUCGGGCAGCCCUUGAUCCCAGCCGGUCGGCUGGCCGCACUGCCUGUCCCUGCCACCCUAGGCGAGGAGGUGUUGGCGCCGUGUGGCUCUCGGGAAGCUGUGCCCAGGCCUGCGGGCACCUCCCUUUCCUGGCUGGCCCAGGCUGUCUCCAGCUCCUGGUGGGGCAAGGGCGGGGGGGGGGGAAGGGACGAGCACCCCUUCCCCUUCUACACUGUGAAUCUCCUCUGCCCCCUCCCUUGUGGGGGGCCUGCCUGCCUUUCUCUGGCCAGGGCUCUGCCUCUGCAUGGUGUGUAUGAAGGACCCCUUUGCCCUCAUCCCCCCCCACCAAUGCCCACCCUCCUCCUCCUGCUGCCGAUCCAGCCGAGAGGAGGCGCCGCACUUUUUAUAGGGGGUGGAGUGGAGAUUUCUGUGGGCCUUGAGGAGCCUGGCCCCUGCCCUCCAGCCCCCCGCCCACCCUGCUUUCUCUAUCCCUAUCCCAC